GAAAUUUAUUGCGCCCACCUCCAAGUACCCAGAGCAUAAAACGAAAGGCUCCACCAGUGAAGGUGACGACUCAGCGAACUCGCUCUAGGAGAAAGACUGAUACUCCUGUUGAUUUGCCCAAAGCUGCAGCAGUCUUGAUCGACGCCAUAAAGUCUUGUGGCUUGAUUCCUGAAGGUCAACUUGGGAAGGAUUUAGAGGCAGAAGCAUCAUCGGCUGACCGUCGCGAAGGAGAAGAGAACCAGGCGCCAGAGAAGCAAUUGGCCGAUCAACAUGAUGAGGUUGAACACCCAGCAGCAGAGGAUCCUCUUGAAGAACACCCGAAAGUAGUAUCGGCUGAGCAACAUGAGAGAGAAGAAAGCCCGACUCCUGAACACUCUCCAGCAAGAUCAGCCACACCACCAACGGGGCAAAUCGGCACUUCUCAACCUGAAGUAUUGACUUCUCAGCCUGAGGGUACUUUGGAACAAAUGGAAGCACCCCAGUUCAUCUCCAUCGAUGACAACCAAGAAACGGUCAUCAAUGAUUUUGUACCACCUGAUCCAGUUGUUCAAAUUGAUCCUCAGAUUGGAAGUUCCUCCGGCAAUACUUCACGAGUGUUGUCUCUAGGCCCACUUCCUGAUGAUGCCCGGGCCAAGCUUCGUGAUAUGCUUCCACUUCUCAACCAAGAUAUCGGUCAAUUGGUUCAAGACGCUGAGCCGAUCAGAGAUAUCUUUAAAACAAUCAGAGGACAUCUGUCCAGGGAUAUCACGGAGAAGUUGAUUCAGGUAGCUUUCAUCGAAAAUCGGCAGCUCCAAGUGUUAGACGCCCAAAAUCGACUGGAGGACAGAGUCUGUCAGGAGCGGAUUUUCAAGAAUCGGGAAGCCCAUGACUCCCGUGUAACCGAUCUUGAUGGAAGGAUUCAGCUACUGUCUACCUCCCGUGCCGAUAUUGUCAGCAGCAUUGACCGUCUGAAGAGGAGACGUGCCGAUCUGAUGAAAGAACUCCAGCAAGUUGGUGAGGAUCUUGCCCGUGAAGAGAAAAGGCUGGAAGAUCUUCCAAGCACAAUCGCAGAUAUGGAGCGAAGGAAAGCUAUCUUGCCUCAUAAAGCACAAGCUCUUCGGAGGGAGGAACGGCCGAUCCCAUGUUCAGCCGAUGCCGAUCGCAGAGAAAUUGAUGAGGUCGACCAACUGCGUUGAGAUGCCAUCAAUGCGAUCCACUCCCUAGGAAUAGUUUGAUCUAUCCUGUGCUGAACUUAUUUUGUAUCUCGAACUUGCGUUUAUGCCUGGAAG